CGGUUCAGAUCUGUGGGUCAUUUACAUUUGUCUCUCACCCUUUAAAUAACCCAACAUAAGCCCUUGCUUUCUCACACUAGACUAAAUCUCAACACUGGGCUUUUAUUUCUUGGAUAUCAUCAAAUGGCCGGAGGCAAGAAGAUUAAGAUCGGAAUCAAUGGUUUUGGAAGGAUCGGUCGCUUGGUUGCUAGAGUUGCUCUGCAGAGGAACGAUGUUGAGCUUGUGGCUGUUAACGAUCCCUUCAUCACAACUGAUUACAUGACAUACAUGUUUAAGUACGAUACUGUUCACGGUCAGUGGAAACACCAUGAGGUGAAGAUUAAGGACCAAAAGACCCUUCUCUUCGAUGAGAAGCCAGUCACUGUUUUCGGUAUCAGAAACCCUGAGGAGAUUCCAUGGGCUGAGACCGGUGCCGAGUUUGUUGUUGAGUCAACUGGAGUGUUCACUGACAAGGAGAAGGCUGCUGCUCACUUGAAGGGUGGUGCCAAGAAGGUUGUUAUUUCGGCCCCAAGCAAAGAUGCUCCCAUGUUUGUUGUGGGUGUAAAUGAGAAAGAAUACAAGCCAGAACUUAACAUUGUUUCAAAUGCAAGCUGCACAACAAACUGCCUUGCUCCUCUCGCAAAGGUUAUCAAUGACAGAUUUGGAAUUGUUGAGGGUCUUAUGACCACUGUCCACUCCAUCACUGCCACCCAGAAGACUGUUGAUGGACCAUCAAUGAAGGACUGGAGAGGUGGUAGAGCCGCAUCCUUCAACAUCAUCCCCAGCAGCACUGGAGCUGCCAAGGCUGUCGGAAAAGUUCUGCCUUCCCUCAAUGGCAAAUUGACUGGCAUGUCUUUCCGUGUUCCUACAGUUGAUGUUUCAGUUGUGGACCUUACUGUCAGACUUGAGAUGGAGGCAACCUAUGAGGAAAUCAAAGCUGCCAUCAAAGAAGAGUCUGAGGGCAAGCUUAAGGGCAUUUUGGGAUACACUGAAGAAGAUGUUGUAUCCACUGAUUUCGUGGGUGACAGCAGGUCAAGCAUUUUCGAUGCCAAGGCUGGUAUUGCUUUGAACAAAAAAUUUGUGAAACUUGUCUCUUGGUAUGACAAUGAAUGGGGAUACAGUUCACGCGUGAUUGACUUGAUUGUCCACAUGGCAUCAACUGCUUAAAAAGGUUGAGGAUAAUCCGAGGCUCUUUUUUUCGUGUUUUGUUUGAGCUACUGGAAUAAACAUGAGUUGUGUUUUUGUUUAGAUGCUUAGCCUUGAAUCUCGGAUUUUCUCAUUUUCUUUCACAUUUUGGGGAUUUCGAAGGGGACAAUGAACAAUUUCAUGGUUUUAUAAGCAAUAGAUGUUUGGUCUAUAUAUAUGAAUGACUCAGUGGUUCUGUCUGUAUAAAGACAGAAACCCGUAAGAUGUCGAACUCUCUUCAUUUCAAUAAUCAAAGCAGAUUGUGUUAUUUCAUGAAAA